GAAAAUUACAGUCAUAUAUGCUACCUGCAACUAAAUACCUUCAAUCUUUCUCAACAACACAAACAUUUACAAUGGCCCCAUCAAUUGACUCCCGAAUUUCCGAAAUCCACCCCUUCUACCGUAUAUUCCUCCUCUACAUCGAACCCAUCAUGGCCCUCUCUGGCGCCUACCUCGCUCAUUUCCAACCCUACAAAUUUAUCCACGGCACGGCCCCCUCUUCACUCUCCCGACCCUUUCUUUCCCUCUCCUCAACCUUUACUCCGGACCCCGUGAUACAAUUCCUAUCCACUGAUAUCGCCGCUCUCUAUGUUCUAUUCACAAUCAACGAAGCAGUGGUCUUGAGACUCACUCGUGACUAUUCCGUGUGGAAAACUGUGGUGUUUGCUAUGUUGGUUUGUGAUAUGGGACAUUUUUGGGGAAUUUACGAGGCGGACCCAGUUGAAUUUUUGAGCGUUAGAGGAUGGUCGACGGAGGAGUUGAUCAAUAACGGGAUUUUAGGGUUUGGGUUGGUUUUGAGAAUUGCGUUCUUAUUGGGGCUCGGGAACAGAAAGUAGGGGGGAGAUGAGGAGCGCAAAAUCCAGAGGUUUGGGAGUUUCCAUUCCUGUGGGUGAUGCCCGUUAUCCUGGACUUUAGUCUAAGGCAAACGAAUUCCUGGCUUUUGACACGUGUAAAAUAUCUGAGUAAUAUGGGCCACUAUAUAUCA